AUGCAGGGGUUCAACAGAUACAUCCCUCCGGACUAUGAUCCCAAAGCCAACUCGACGCUAAAUUCCCACCAAGGAAAAGCGCACGCUCUGGGCAAGCGUGCCAAAGAUAUCGACAAAGGGAUCCUCGUCGUUCGUUUCGAGCUACCCUACAACAUAUGGUGUGGAUCGUGCAAUGCCCACAUCGGUGCGGGUGUCCGAUACAAUGCGCAGAAGCGUAAAGUCGGCAACUACUAUUCGACACCGAUCUACGCCUUCCGGUGCAAAUGUCACCUCUGUCAGGGAUGGUUUGAAAUAAGAACAGAUCCUCAGAACUCUGCGUAUGUGGUACACGAAGGAGCGCAGAGGAAGAACGAGGAUUGGAAUCCAGAAGAGAACGGAGGGUUCAAAGUUUUUGACACCGAAGCACCCUUGGCAUCUGAAGGUCCUACGGAUCCCAUCGCCCACCUCGAGAAGACUAUAGACCAACAAGAAUGGGCAAAGAAAGGCACUUCUCGCCUGACUGAGCUCACCCGUCAAUCUGCUCGUCUCAAUGCCGACCCUUACGCCGUUUCCGUCGCUCUGAGAAAAAAGUUUCGAUCGGAGAAAAAGUUGAUGCUGGAAAAGCAGGAUAGGGACGAUGACGUGAAGGAAAGAUACGGGCUAGGGGAAGAUGUGGAUCUUGGAGAGGAGCAGGUAGAAGGAGGGCAAGAGGAGUGGAAGGCUGCAUUAGUCGACAAAGGUCGCGAUCUGAUCAGAUCCGGGGGAUCAGUGGCUUCUCUCAGAGGGUCUGAAAGACGCUUGGGAGUGCCCAAAAGGAAAGCGAGAGCCAGCGACCCCCUUCCAGAUCUAGCAGCAACUCUGCGGCGCUCUACCUCCAAAAAGUAUGACCCCUUCGACACCCAUAAUCAGAGCCGCGCUAGCCCCAGUUCUGCAUCCUUGAGCAGAUCGUCAUCCUUGAAGGGCAAGCCGGGUGAUCGUGUCCUGCCGAAAGUGCGGCGGUCGUUGGGAAAUGUGGCGCCGUCGAAAGAGUCUAGCAUUGGAGGCGGAUUGCUGUCAGGCUAUGGAAGUGACUGA